AAAAAGUGGGGAGAAGAAAGAACACUGCCCUCAAUGAUAAAAAAACAUUUUGUCAGUCUUCCAUUUUUUUUUUAAAGUGAAGUAUAAGCAAUAGCAUAAUCGCUAAAAGUAACAUGUUUUAAACUUAUUUUAGGCCUCGUUUGAAAGUUUCUUGCUGCUCUUCUCUCUUAUUGUAAUUUUGCUCUUCCUGUAUAUAUUUUCUUCUUCAUUCUUUUUCCUUCUUGUUUAUUUGUGAAGAAACAACGACAUUCCGAGAAUGCCAGCGUAUUUCCAUUUAUUUACUUAUUUAUCGAAAAUUGAUUUUUGGAAUGCACUCAAACUUUAGUUAAAAUUAUUUCUAAAUUGCGUUUAGUGGAUGAUAAUUGAAUGAAUACCCAUCCACGCUGGACAAAAUGGCCUUAAUCGAAAAUUCAUUUUUGAAUGCACCCAAAUUUUAAUUAAAUUAUUCCUAAAUUGCAUGUAGUGGAUCAUAAUUCAAUGAAUACCCAUACACACUGAGAAAAGUGGCCUUAAUCGAAAAUUCAUUUUUGAAUGCACUCAAAUUUUAAUUAACUUAUUUCUGAAUUGUGUGUAUUGGAUGAUAAUUGAAUGAAUACCCAUCCACACUGAGAAUGAUGGCUCUAAUUAUGAAUAAUUUAUCGCAACAAAUAUAGUUAUGCAGUUUCCUCUUGCUCAAACACUUUAAAGAUAAUUUUCAACAGCAGGUAGAGCAGGGAGAAGAGAAAAUGUUACCUAUAUUGACACUGUUUUUAAGUUUCGCAUUUUCCCAUGCACGGACAUGCGAGACGUCAUAUCUGUGCCGAAAUGGAACCAAUGACGGAGGGAAGUCAUUUUUUUCGUAUUUUGCUGGUGAACCUGUUGAAAAUUCAAUCUUAAAUUUGACAGAUGGUUUUUUAAACACCACAGCUUCGAAUCAAGAAGGCUGCGUGACGAAAUGUUUGACCAACGCGACAUGCUUUGCCAUAAACGCAGGACCCCCACAGCACACAUUUGAUGGCCUUAAAGUGACCGACUUUGUGGAAUGUCAUCUGUUUAAAGAAAACAUGUACUCCAACAAGUCAUUAAUCGUUAAAAAAAACGAUUGGAUUCACGUUUCUCUCAAGAACACUGGAUGUGAUAAAGACGGAUGUUUGAAUAAUGGCACAUGCAUUCCUGGGUAUGGAGAUGAUUCGUUUACUUGCGAGUGUCCAAUGUCGCAUUGGGGAGAUUUUUGUGAAAGAAAAAGACCUUUUGCAACUGGCGGAACCGUGACUGGAGCUGCAGAGUAUUGCCACUAUCCUUUCACAUACAAAAACCUUGUGUAUAAAGAGUGCACAAUGGAUGGACCGCCAAGUUUGAGCGCCACAAUGCCUUGGUGUGGUACUACUGCAGAUUCGACUACAUUUGGAUUCUGCACAUACGAUUUUCUACCAGCCUGGAAAUUUACAUUUGAUGAAAGCAAAACAGCAUUGAAAAACACAGGGACAGACCAGUCUGCACAAAGUCUUGCAUCAUACGCCAAAAUCGUCUCCGUACCAGAUCGACCUGGAAAUGUGUUAUACGUAUUCGGUGGAAACGCUGUUAGCUCGUUUUCUGGAAGCAAUAUUGACUUUAAGACUUGCUAUAUAGGUCUCACUCCGUGUUCUAAACUCACGCUAAGUAUUUGGGCGAAGAUGUUACAAAAAGAUUUGGAGGUCCAAAUCGCGUCUUAUCCUGGGGAACAGAUCACGACAGUGCUUCAUGAGCCGAAUAUUGGACCUUCUUUAUGGUACAGUUAUCAAACAAAAAAUUGGACGAUGAACUAUAGAACUCCGUCGACAAAAACCGUUGUGUCUCAUGGUCCGCACAACCCAUACUUCUGGACACAUUUUGGAUUUCAGUACGAUUCGACAACCAUUUGGAUGUAUAUCAAUGGAAAUCUCGUUGCAACAGGAACCAGUGUAUCAGAAUCAAAUUCGGCUCAUCCAGGUGGAUUAAAAUUAUUCAGUCCUACAAAUAUGGCAAAUUCUGUCCCGGGAUAUUAUCUGGUUGACGAUUUUAUGUUCUUUUACGAUCAACUCAUCCCAGUACAGCCUUUAUAUGAGCAAGGUCUUUUGGAAAACAAACUGAAGGCUUUAGAAGAGGAAGAGAGUGAUUAAUGAAGCAUAUUAUAAUAUUAUGGGUAACAUGCACGGAUUUGACGAAUAGCUGCGAAA